CGGGGACGCGGCCUGGGGCGGGACGGGGUCCGGGCCGGGGGCCGCCGGGGAGGCCGCGUCGCCGCCCGGCCCCGGGAGCCUCAACGGAGGGCUGCGCAGUUCUUGUGACUUCACACCUGGUGAUUUGGUUUGGGCCAAGAUGGAGGGUUAUCCCUGGUGGCCUUGCCUGGUUUACAAUCACCCCUUUGAUGGAACAUUCAUCCGUGAGAAAGGGAAGAAGUCUAAGUCCAUCCGAAUUCAUGUUCAGUUUUUUGAUGACAGUCCAACCAGGGGCUGGGUUAGCAAAAGGAUGUUAAAACCAUAUACAGGUUCAAAAUCGAAGGAAGCCCAGAAAGGAGGGCAUUUUUAUAGUGCAAAGCCUGAAAUACUCAGAGCAAUGCAACGUGCAGAUGAAGCUUUGACUAAAGACAAGACUAAGAGGCUUGAAUUGGCAGUAUGUGAUGAGCCCUCUGAACCAGAGGAAGAAGAAGAGAUGGAGGUGUGGCCUGUUGCAAACACUUCUUCAUUGAGAGAUGAAAACGCAAGGGAGGGGGUAGGUGCAACCUAUGCAUCAGAUAAAAGUGAAGAUAAUGAAAUGGAGAGUGACGAGGAAGUGCUGCCCAAGGUGCAAGGAUCUAGGAGAAGUAGCCGCCAAGUGAAAAAGCUGAGGGUUAUAUCCGACUCGGAGAGUGACGUCGGGGGCUCAGAUGUGGAAUUCAAACCAGAUACUAAGGAGGAAGGCAGCAGUGAUGAAAUGAGCAGUGGAGCAGGGGAGAGUGACAGUGAGGGCCUAGACAGUCCAAUCAAAGUUGCUCCAAAGCGGAAGAGAACAGGGACUGGAAAUGGCUCUAUCAAAAGGAAAAGUUCAAAGAAGGAAAUCCCCUCCGCUGCCAAGCGAGCCCCUGGUCUUUCACCUGAAACAAAGAAUACUUUGAGUGGUUUCUCUGCCCCUCACAGUUCUGAAUCCCAAGCCCCUGUUGGUGGAGUAUGUGAUGAUAGUCGCUCUCUCUGGUAUCAUGAAACUUUAGAAUGGCUUAAGCAGGACAAGAGGAGAGACGUGCACAGGAGGCGACCUGACCACCCUGAUUUUGAUGCAUCCACUCUGUAUGUGCCUGAGGAUUUCCUCAAUUCUUGUACUCCUGGGAUGAGAAAGUGGUGGCAGAUAAAGUCUCAGAACUUUGAUCUCGUCAUAUUUUAUAAGGUGGGAAAGUUCUAUGAGCUCUACCAUAUGGAUGCUCUUAUUGGAGUCAAUGAACUGGGUCUUGUGUUCAUGAAAGGCAACUGGGCCCAUUCUGGUUUUCCUGAAAUUGCAUUUGGCCGGUAUUCAGAUUCCUUAGUGCAGAAGGGCUAUAAAGUUGCACGAGUGGAACAGACUGAAACCCCGGAAAUGAUGGAGGCCCGAUGCCGAAAGAUGGCGCACAUAUCUAAGCAUGAUAGAGUGGUGAGGAGAGAGAUCUGUAGGAUUAUUACCAAGGGGACACAGACAUACAGUGUCCUAGAAGGGGAUCCGUCUGAGAACUACAGUAAAUAUCUUCUCAGUAUCAAGGAAAAAGAGGAAGAUUCUUCUGGUCACAGUCGAGUGUAUGGUGUGUGUUUUGUUGAUGCCUCACUGGGAAAGUUUUUCAUAGGUCAGUUUUCAGACGAUCGCCAUUGCUCCAGGUUUAGGACUCUCGUGGCACACUACCCUCCAGUCCAAGUCUUGUUUGAGAAAGGAAACCUCUCAACGGAGACCAAGACGAUUCUCAAGGUUUUGCUAUCUUCUUCUCUUCAGGAAGGUCUGGUACCAGGCUCCCAGUUUUGGGAUGCAGCUAAAACACUAAGAACUCUACUCGAAGAAGGAUAUUUUACAGAAAAGUUAGGCAAGGAUAGCGGGGUGAUGUUACCUGAGGUGCUUAAAGGUAUGACUUCAGAAUCUGAUGUUAUUGGGUUGACACCAGGAGAGAAGAGUGAAUUGGCCCUUUCUGCUCUAGGUGGUUGUGUCUUCUACCUCAAAAAAUGCCUUAUCGAUCAGGAACUUUUAUCAAUGGCUAAUUUUGAAGAAUACAUUCCCCUGGAUUCUGACGUGAUUAGUGCUACCAAACCUGGUGCUCUCUUUGCUAAAACCAAUCAACGAAUGGUGCUAGAUGCUGUGACAUUAAGUAACUUAGAGAUUUUCCUGAAUGGAACAAAUGGUUCUACUGAAGGGACUCUGUUAGAAAAGAUUGAUACUUGCCAUACUCCUUUUGGGAAGCGUCUCUUAAAGCAGUGGCUUUGUGCCCCGCUUUGUAGCCCUUAUGCAAUCAACGACCGCCUGGAUGCUAUCGAGGAUCUCAUGGAUGUGCCUGACAAAGUCUCUGAGGUUGUAGACCUUCUCAAGAAACUUCCAGACCUUGAAAGGCUCCUGAGUAAAAUUCAUAAUGUUGGGUCUCCCCUAAAGAGCCAGAAUCACCCUGAUAGCAGGGCUAUAAUGUAUGAGGAAACAACAUACAGCAAAAAAAAGAUUAUUGAUUUUCUUUCUGCUCUGGAAGGAUUCAAAAUAGUAUGUAAAAUUAUAGGGAUCAUGGAGGAUACCGUUGGUGACUUUAAGUCUAAAAUUCUUAAACAAAUCAUUACUCUGCAGACCAAAAACCCCAAGGGCAGUUUUCCUGAUUUGACUAUCGAACUGAAUCGAUGGGAUACAGCUUUUGACCAUGAAAAGGCUCGAAGGACUGGGCUCAUUACUCCCAAAGCAGGGUUUGAUGCUGAUUAUGACCAAGCUCUUGCUGAUAUUAGAGAAAAUGAACAGAGUCUCCUGGAAUACUUGGAGAAACAGCGCAGUCGAAUUGGCUGUAGGUCCAUAGUCUACUGGGGGAUUGGUAGGAAUCGUUACCAGUUAGAAAUUCCAGAGAGUUUCACCAACCGUAAUUUGCCAGAAGAGUAUGAGUUGAAAUCCACUAAGAAGGGCUGUAAACGAUACUGGACAAAAACCAUUGAGAAGAAAUUGGCUAAUCUGAUAAAUGCUGAAGAACGCAGAGAUGUGUCACUGAAGGACUGCAUGCGGAGACUGUUCUACAACUUUGACAAAAACUACAAGGAUUGGCAGUCUGCUGUGGAGUGCAUUGCAGUACUGGAUGUUUUGCUGUGCCUAGCUAACCACAGCCACGGGGCUGAUGGUCCUAUGUGUCGCCCGGUGAUUGUAUUGCCAGAAGAACACACCCCCCCCUUCUUAGAACUUAGAGGAGCACGCCAUCCCUGCAUUACAAAGACUUUUUUUGGAGAUGAUUUUAUUCCUAAUGACAUUCUAAUAGGUUGUGAGGAAGAGGAUGAAAGUGGCAAAGCUUUUUGUGUGCUUGUUACUGGACCAAAUAUGGGGGGCAAAUCUACACUUAUGAGACAGGCUGGUCUGUUAGCUGUGAUGGCACAGUUGGGUUGUUAUGUGCCUGCUGAAGUAUGUAGGCUAACACCUAUUGACAGAAUAUUCACCAGACUUGGUGCCUCAGACAGAAUAAUGUCAGGUGAAAGUACAUUCUUUGUUGAAUUGAGUGAAACAGCCAGUAUACUUACACAUGCAACCUCACAUUCUUUGGUGCUUGUGGAUGAAUUAGGAAGAGGCACUGCAACAUUUGAUGGUACAGCAAUAGCAAAUGCAGUUGUUAGAGAACUUGCUGAGAAUAUAAAGUGUCGCACACUGUUUUCUACCCACUACCAUUCAUUAGUUGGAGAUUAUUCUCAAAAUGUUGCAGUGCGCCUAGGACACAUGGCAUGCAUGGUAGAAAAUGAAUGUGAAGAUCCCAGUCAGGAGACGAUCACCUUCCUAUAUAAAUUCAUUAAAGGAGCUUGUCCUAAAAGCUAUGGCUUUAACGCAGCUCGACUGGCUAAUCUUCCAGAGGAGGUUAUUCAAAAGGGACAUAGAAAAGCAAGAGAAUUUGAGAAGAUGACUCAGUCACUGCGAUUAUUUCGGGAAGUCUGCCUGGUUAGUGAAAGGUCGACUGUAGAUGCUGAAGCUAUUCAUAAGUUGCUGACUUUGAUUGAGGAGUUAUGAUCUACAUUGGAAGCUUUGACUGGACAAAGGUGGUAAAUUCAGACAACAUUAUGAUCUAAUAAACUUUAUUUUUUAAAAAUGA